AUAAUUAUAUUAAAUGUAAAUAUUAUUAAUUUAUUAUUUGACUGUUACCGCAUUUGGUAGUUAACCAGUCAUAAGUCACCCGCAAACGCACUAAUUUUUAACCGUAAUACCAGUCGUACAAAUCUCUUAAAACCGUUAGAAACCGCAACCGUCCGCAUCUACAAACUCCUGCAACCGCAACCGCAACCGCUGCGUUUGAACCAGUCAGACCCUUACUAUACGUAUCAAAUAUAAACGCAUAUUUACAACCACACUAAGUCAUUAACUGUGCUUGGUAUGACUUUCUAUACACAUACCAAACAAAUAACAUCAAUGGUUUUAGUGAUGAAAACGUGGCGAUCCGCAAACUUUGGGAAAGCCUGGUUUCAAAAAGAAAAGACAAAAUCAAUAAUAAUUUAAUUUAAAGAAGAUAUAUAUAUAUAUAUAUAUAUAUAUAAAAUUAAAUUUUAUUAUUUGGAAAUUAUAAUCCAGAAAACAAAAAAUAUGAUAUUUAUAGACGAUGUACAAUGCUGCACAUAAAUAUUACACAUGGAUGAUAAUGAUAAUGAUAAUGAUAAUGCUAAUGAUAAUGAUAUUAUAAAAACAUUUUAAAUAAUAAAAAUAAUAUUUUUCUCCAACAAAAUACAUCGAACAUGGAUCGUCUGGUGCGAGAAUUUAUCAGUGGACCUCCGUAAUUUACGGGAAUCUCCACAAUCAUUCCCUGAAGUCUACACGCCCACCAUCUCAUGUUGUCGUCACCAUCUAUCUGAUUUACUUGAUAAAAAAAAUUCACAAAACUGUUUUGUACCCUUAAUUAAUAUUAGUCACACUGAAAAUCACCAAUAUUCAAAUAUAGAAACACAUUAACGAAGUCGUUAAGGUUUAGGGGAGGAUGAUCUUACACGCACGCGUCCGCCGGAAGCGCAUGUGCACACAUGGAGGGACCCUUGUCCAUCAGGGACUGUGGGAACCACUCAUUCACUUUUUAUGGAGUGAUUUCGACGGAGGACACCACAUCCUUCUCCGUGUCUCUUAGAAGACGGCCGUGACUCGAAACUUUGCAUCUUGUUGAACUACUAAAAACAUGAAGCUCGUUGGAAAAUUUGCUUAAAAGUGUUUGCAAGUUAGUCCAAAAAGCGUGUUUGCAAGUUUCUAAGGAAAAGAGAGACUUUCAUUUUAUUAAGUGGGCUGCUUCUUUUUUGGAAAGGUGAGCUGCUUAACCUAAAUUACAUUAACCUGGUUGUUUUGUUGUUGUUUAAAUACAUCAACAAGCUUGAUAGUUGUUUGGCCUCGGUUAAAGUUCGUUUUGUUGUUGUUGUCUGUAUAGGGAGUUUGGGACACAACAAAAUUAGAAAAUAUCUAAGUAACUAGAUGAUAACCCGCGCGUAUGCGCGGAAUGAAUUUUUAUAAUAAUAUUUAUUUAUUAAAUGAUUUUAACAUUUUGUAACACUAUCCUUUUUAUCGAUUAUAAAAUGACGAAUACAAAUGUUGAUAUAUUAAAUAUAUUCUCGUUGUUGAAUAGUUAACAUAUUAUAUUAUAUUUUAAUUAUUUUAAGAUUUUAUAUGCACAAAAAUAAAUUAAGUUUUGCAGCUCACACAAAUCACCAAAACCAAAUAGGCAACAUCGAUUGUAUAACGAUGAAAGGGGAUUAUGUUUUCUGCUCUCGAUUGUUUACUAUUGACUAUUCAUAAGUGAUUUCAUUUUCUACUUCUAUAAAAUUAUGCUUUUGUUCUCUUCUUUGUUUCAUUGAUAUGAGUUAAUUUUUUUUACUUCUUCUAUGAAUUCAGUGAAUUACAUAAGUGUCAAUUUAAAAAAUAGACAUCUGUAAAAAUUAAUUUCACUCCGGAUACAUAUCUAAGAAUCAAAAUUUUGAAAAAAAUCAGCGGCAAACAAUAUUAACACGUUAGUGUUCAAAUCUAAUAUAUCAAGUUGUUAUAGAAUAUAAGUGCAUACUCGAAAUAUAAAUGCAUGUCUAGUAUAUAUUCACCAGCUCGGUCUAAAAAUCAUCUAAUUUUAGAACAACAAAACAAAUUACCUAUUUACCAGUUCGAGUAAUAUCGAAAUCCGAACCGGUAAUAUCCAAACCCGAAUGGAUAUCCGAAAAUAGCCAAACAUAAGUAUACUUAACCAUAUAUUUCUAGCUUUUUCUCUCAUUUUAUUCAAAUAUUUAUAUUAAUGAUGCUUAUUGCUCAAAAUUAGAUAAUAUCUAUCCUAUACUAAAAGCACGAUAUGCAGUGUUUUUAACAUGUCCACGUCGACAGAUUUAAUUGCCCAAUCAAAACAGAAUUAAUGUCCACGUAGGAUACCGGAGGCGUACGUUUGGUUUACUGGGUUCGUCUUUAUCUCGAUUUGGUUAAUACAAGGUUGCGUGUUAUUAUCAAUUUUUCGUGAGUCCUAAUUAUUUUUUCUCUAGUCCGUUUGGGUUAGGUUGUAGAUGGAUGUGUAAAAGAAGCAGUAUAUUGAUAAAAUAUAUAUAUAUAUAUAUAUAUAUAUAUAUAUAUAUAUAUAUAUAUAUAUAUUCCAAAAUCAAAAGAUCUCAUAUGAUUUUGUAUGGGCUUCGUUAUGGUUUAUUGGGCUUGGUCUCUUAUCGGUAUAUUAAAAAAAAAAAACAACACGAGACGGAAACCCCGAUGCUUUGCGCCUCCAUCUCUUCGUCUUCCCCCUUUGUUCUUCAUCGUAACAGAUCUCUCGAUCCACAUCUCUACAAUCAAUACCCCACGACUUCUCGAUCCAUCAAUUUCUUCUUGAUGAGUUCGUUUCCGUUUGCUUUUUUCCUCCUCCUUUAUAUACUGUUAUUCUCUUUCGAGUGGAAACCAAACCUCGAACUUCUCUCCUUAAUCUACGGCGAUGAAACCGAAUGGAAAAUCCCCUGUUACCUCUGAUCACGAUGAAAAAAUCAUGCUUUUCCGCGAUGUCACACCGGGUCCCCACGAAACCCAGCUGCGUUUCCGCUUGAUUCAUUUCUGGGAGGCUUGGAACCCUCUAAAGAAGACGCUUAUUGGCCUUGAGAUGCUUCUAAUAGACGAGCAGGUAUUUGAUUUCACCCAACAUAGUUUUUAGCUUCGUUGUUAUUUAGAUCGUCCUUAGAGUUGUUAUUUAGAUCGUGAUUUAUAUCGAUAAGUUUCUUCGUUCUUUGUUAUUUAGAUCGUCCUUAGAAUUGUUAUUUAGAUCGUGAUUUAUAUCGAUAAGUUUUUCGUUCUUCCAUAUUAGAUCCUUCUUAAAGUUGUUAUUUAGAUAUUUAGAUCUUGAUUUAUAUCGUUAAUUUUUACACUAACGUUAAUUUUUACAAAAUUAAAACAAAGAUUUGAUUGGUGCUGUAUUUUCUCGCAGGGAUCUGUUAUCUCAAGUAUUCAUUCCGCCAAGCCGUAUUGAGAGACAUUUGCCUAAAAUGAAGCCUGGAUCGCUUUACAAGCUCAACAAUUUCUAUGGAUCAGGCAACAAAACCGUGUAUCGGGUUUCUGAUCAUGCUGUGACGGUGUCUUUCUCAUGGAACUCGGAGCUCUCUGUUCUUGAAGACAGUCCCACCCCUUUUGAUGAAGACAUAUUCCGUUUUCAUUCCUUUGAGGAUUUUCAAGCUAGCUGUGAUCGCAAAGGAGACCUCUAUGAUGUUGUUGGGCACAUGAAGGUGGUUAAUGGACAAUGUCUCAUUGGGACCCCAGUUCUUGAUGAAGUGGAGAUAGCUAGGGCGAGACAUGUGUUGGUUCAUGUGCAGUCAUACGAGUAAGUUUUUUAUUAUUUCUUAAACACUUUAUCUGUUUACUUAUAUUAACCAUUCAGUAAAAUAUUUUGCAGUGGGCCUGUGAUGAAGCUCUACCUUUGGGACCAGGCUGUAAGAGACUUCUGCAAAAAAUUCAAAUCAUACGAAGGCACCCCCACCGUGUUAUUGGUCACGACCGUUAACACUAAGAGUCUCGGAGGUUCAAUUUCUAUCUUUAGAAAACUUUCUUAUAAUUAGAUAUCUACUCUUUUUGGUCUUUAAAUGGGUGUUGCUUAAUACAAGAGGUACUCUUGCACUGACUUCAAUGUCCUCCUCACGUGUCUUUAUGGUACGAUGUCCAACCUACGAUCGACUACUUUAGCUGGUAAAUCUAUAUAUAUUUUCCCUUUUAUAUUUAAUCUUUCGCUGCCUCGCCCCAUAUCAAUGAUUGAAUGGAUCAAAAUGCUACUACUCUGUCUCAGGUUGGGCUCUAACCCACAGAGUGCUGAGCUGGUUAAUGCAGAAGUGGUUACUAAAAGGGAGACACUGACUAUAGGAGAAAUAUUCUCCUACAUCAAGCAGGAAUCUAAUAAGGAGGCUUUUUUUGAGUGCACGGCUACGAUUGAUGAUGUGGUCCAUGGUUCAACCUGGUAUUACAUAUCAUGCAGUGGUUGCCAUACUAAGGCUACGAAAGGCCCAACUUCUUUGAUGUGUUCAAAAUGUGGGAAAGUCAACAUAUCAGGAGUACCACAGUACCGUGCACAGAUAUCUGUCUAUGACAACAGUGAGCAAGCUGUUUUUGUACUGCUUGGUGAUGCUGGUUUUGAGUUAACUGGGAAGCAAGCAGCCGAGUUAGUCAGCAGCUAUUUUGAGGCUAAUGGAGACCAAGGAGUUACCCAAGAGGUGCCUUUCCCGGAAGCUUUAAUCAGCACUAUUGGUCAGAAACAUAACUUUUGUGUGAAAGUUACAAAGCACAACUUAGAUGGGAAGUCUCGAUCUUUAACUGUGACCAAGAUUCUCCCUCUGGACACUCCACCAGUCACAGAAUCUUCGGGAGGAAACUACAAUCCGGCAACUUCGGAGGAGACAUUUGAGACUGGAACGAACGUGUGUGAAGCUUCCAAAAUCAGUGUGGAUUCGGCAGAGGGAAGUAAGAGAAAUGGUGACAUUGAUGAAAUGGGCAAAGCAAAACGCCUCAAGCGUGGGGUGUAGAUCUUUCGUGUGUCCUCUUAUGUCUUGCAGGGGAUUACAGCUAAAGUUUUUUUUUCCAAUCUAUUAUUGACUCAUGAUUUCUUUCAGUUUUUCUAAAGUUUUUCAUAUACUCUGAAUGCUUAUGUUUUGAUAAUCAUUAUUCUACUUCUUAAGGCUUAUAACUCUGUUUCUUUAGGUGUUUUGAAAUCUAGCUUUGUGACAAACAGGUCAAUCAUUUCUGUAUUUUAAAAUCAUUCUUCACGAACUGUGGAUGUUCUUUGAAAAAUGCAUGUAAUGAAAGCAACAACAUUUAAGGAAAAAAAGGAGGUUUUCAAGUACAUAUUUUAUUUUAGAAAAAAACGUGUUUUCAAUCAACAUAAUUACUCCGCUUUCCUUAAAAGUGUUCAACGGCAUAAAUUUAGUACCGUAAUAUGAAAAAACAAUCAAUCAAGUAAUUGAUAUUUCUUUCCAAUAACGUAAGAGAAUAUUUGCAUAUCUUAUGCAUUAGCUGCAAUGCCUAAAGCAUUGUUUUUUAUUCCGUAACUCUCAGCAAAAUAAGAAAAUAGAAGUAUGAAGCAUCCCCUUAAGCUGUUGCACGGAGAACCAAGCUUUCUAUUUCCAUUUUGAAAAAAAUACUGAAAUCACCAUUGGAAGUGUCUACCAAGCUUUAAUCAACGCUAGACUCCAACCAACUGUGAAAGGGUAAGAAUUUUUUAAUCAUCUAAGAAGAUACAAAUCUUAGUUCAUCAGUCUAACUGGUAAUCGGUUUCAUUAUAAGGAUAGAAAUAUAAAAAGAAUGGAGCACCCACCUCCUCCACCCCCUUCGCAAACUGCAGGUAAACAAAUCUUUGCCCCUUUUUUUUUUAAGUUAAAACUUAUGUAUUAUCCAAUACAAAUAUUUAAUAACCCGAUCACAUAAUGUCUAUAUGUUGUUUUGAGUUAUUCUUUAUGUUGUAUCAAUAUAUUUAGUUAUACAGUUGGCCAUCCACCUAAGAAAAGCACUAUCAAUAUUUAGCUCUCAUCAGAAAGUAUUAUAUAUUCACUUAGAAUUUAAUCCAAGUAUAAACUUAGGAAUAAUAUAAAAAGGUUGAAUCUUGGUGGGAUGGGGUGUAGUGCUGGCCUUAUAGCCAUGGACUUCGCUAGAUGUAUUAUGUGAAUAUUGUGUUAUAGAUUACUUUUAUGGUCUUCUUUUUAUUCCAUAAAACUAUUACUGUUAUUAAUUAAAUAUGUUUACUGAUUAUUUAAAUAGUAAAAUAAAUGUUGAUUAUUUAGAAACCAAAAUAUCGCCAUAUUAUAAUUAAAUUUAAAGCUAAUAUCUAAUAUUAUAAAGUUAAAUUCACAAAAAAUUUUAAAAGAUAAAUAUAUUUACGGUUUUUUUGGUAUAAAACCGAGUAAACCGAAAAUCGACGGUAUAUAAACCGAACCAAACCAAAUUAUAUAUGGUUUUAAUAUGGUGGCUAUUUUUAUAAACCGAAAACCCCGAAAAAACCAAACCGAAACAUAAUUGAUAUCCGGAUUGAACACCGCUAAUGUAUAUAUAUUAUUUCUGUAAUUACUCCGUUUUAUUAAAACUAUAAGAAUAAUUUUGCAGCCAGUAUAUGGGACUGUUCGUAGUUAUUUAAGUGGGAAAUAUAUGUAGUUUAAUACAAUUCAAAGUUUCUUAUAAAAGCUUCCUUAAAAAGCCACCUCAAGUUCGUAAUGGAAAAUGUAUUUUGAUGUAUAUAUAUAUUAUCAGUUAAUUUAGACAUAGGUUAAUUAUUAAAAGUUAUCUUAUAAAUCUCCGAUAAUAUUUAACCUUAAAGUAAAAUAACAUCACCAUCACUAUAAAUACCAUUACACAUAAAAACCUGAAUCUAAUAUAUCCAUGUGUGUAAUAAUUAAAAAUAUACAAAUAAUAUUUAUACAUUAUUAAAAUCGAAUUUUUACAGUGACAUCUUACAUGGAACAAAUUCCUCAAAAAAUCCACCAACUGAGAGAAGGGAUUUUCAGUGCGUCCCAUCACGGUUUGUAUAAGAAAUGUCUGGGACAUCAGAAAACACCAAACCGAUAGUACUCAAAUUUGCAUCGGCUUCCUGUGCUACGACCACAACGUAAGCCUUUUAUUAACUUUAAUAUAUACAUAUAUAUAUAUAUAUAUAUAUAUAUAUAUAUAUAUAUAUAUAUAUAUAUAUAUAAAUGUAUUUUCCAAUCCACCAUAUUUGAUUUAAACUACUCACUAUUUACUAAAUCGGUUGGUCACAACAAAAUUUGUUCACACUCAGGGACAACUAUUAGAAGGUCGGCUCAGCGGAAACAUUCAGCCGAAUGAUCCAAAAUACGUAGCUGAAGGAGAUAUAUAUGAGUUUUCGGGAUUUUCCGUCAUAAAUAAUCCACGAAAUCGGAAACUCACCCAACUGCCGUAUUACAUUCGGAUCGACCAAACGACAAUAGUAUUGAAGUCACACUCGACGGUCCGAUAUAUCCAGUUCACACUUUAGUUCCUCAGAAUUACAGAAAUCUAUUGCGGUUAGCAACUACACCCACAUACUUACCAGGUAAGUAAGUCAUUCCAUUAAUUAAUUAAAUAAACAUAGUUUUUUAUUCUAAAAUCAAUGUGCAGAUGUCGUCGGGCAGAUAGUCAUAAUACAAAAAAUAAAACCUUGCCACCCAGAACUCAAUAUUGAUGCCACGAUUGGUCUACGGCUGAACAGGUAAGUCUAACACAAUAAUUAAAAACGAAAUAAUAAUCAUCUUCAUAUAUACAUCACUAUCUCAGGUCGACAAUUGUAAAACUCAUACUUUGCGACAACCAAGCAGCAGAUUUCAGCAUCCUACAAACCAAGAAGGAUAAGAAAUUUAAAGUUGUCAUCAUCACAAGCAUAAUUCCUAAACUUUACCAAGGUAAAUACUUUUACAAACACAUUCAAAAUAAUAAAGAUCUAUGUUUUUUUUAAUCAACAUAACAAUGAUAUCCAAUAUGUUCCAGGCAAACUACUACUCAAUUCAUCACCAGCAACAAAUUUCUACUUCAACAAAUCAAUUGAUUACAUUAAGCAUUUCAAAAGGAAAUAAGAGAUCAUGCAAAACCAUGCAGCACAUAGUGAUUCUAAUUCAUGCAUCAUUCGGAUUGUUAUUCUCUUUCUCACAAGACUUAAUACGUUGAUUCAAUUACAUUUUAAAUUUUUU